AUGAGGCUCCUCCUGAUCAUUGCAAUUCUGCUGUUCCAGAAGUGCACAGUAACCGAACAACUUAAGAGAUGCUGGGGUGAAUACAUAGGAGGAUUCUGCAGGAAAAUAUGCAAAACAACAGAAAUACGUGAAGUGCUAUGUGAAAAUGGGAGAUAUUGUUGCCUCAAUAUCAUGGAACUGGAAGCACUUAAAAGUACCAGACCACCUCGUCCAAAGCCAGUGACAUAUGCAUUUACUUUUCCACAAGAGUAUUAUGCAGAUGAACAGAAUUAUACAAACUCCAACAAAAAGUUUACAUAA